GGAUUCGCCAGCUACUUCCUGUGUCCUCUUGCGCUCCAGUGUUUACAUCAGAAAGUAGCCGGGGAAGAAGCGGGCAGACAUCAGGCGCCACAUUCCUCCGACAUGCCUAUAAGUGAGGAUUUCGACCAAUUUUCUUGUAAAGAUGACACAGACAGAAAAUAGCUGCUGACUCGGGGGUAAAAAAUCAGCUGAUGGAAAUGUACGAUGAGCUGAAGGAAAUCAGUGGCUGUGCUGUGUCCACCACUUCUGGAGCCACAACUGAGCUAAGGAGCAACACUACACUUCUUGAAAUGCAUCCCACAAGCUGUGAUCUCCAGCUGGAGACCGGCAGAGACAUAAACAACCAAAGUGGCAAGGAGGAGGAUGAGUCGUGCCGCACUUCAACAGUUCCCCCUGGCUGGACCAGAGAGGUGAGGCAGAGGAAAACAGGCAAGACCGCGGGCAAACUGGACGUAUACAUCAUCAGUCCGCAAGGGUUGAAGUUCCGGUCAAGAACAUCCCUGCACACUUUCCUCCUAGAGAACGAAGAAGGGAACUUGGACAUAAACCUUUUUGAUUUCACUGCAUCCAAAGGCAGUGAUGUCACCACUCCCUCCAAAGUGAAACUGAAGCGAAGAAAGAAAAAGCAUGCAGAUGGGCAGCAGGAGGAUGUGACAGAAGGGACUGAUCCACCUCCACAUAAAUCCAAAAGAGCCUCCUCCUCCCUCAGAAGUACUAAAGAAGUGAAGUGUUCAAAAGACAGUAACAGUAGUAAUCAUGACACUGUAGAAGAGGAGCUCACACAUGUAAUAGGAGUGAAAGCCGCACCUUCAACCUCAGCAGAUGAUGUCAUACUGCAGAAGAGCCCUCAGAGGGUCGGUCAGCUGAGAGAGAAGCUCCUCAGACUGGCACCGUCCAGCUCCCAACUAAACACUCUGACUGCUCACGAAGACAAACAGGCCGACUCGCAGCCUUCACUCCCGACUCUGAGUGUUGAACCUGCCACUGAGAGCGAGAACGAGGGUGAGGAUGAGCAAAGCAGACGCCAGAUACAGAUUCUCAGCGAAGGUGACAACAAGCCUAAUUCUGUACUGGAGGCUGUUGUUGACAGUUACCAGCAUGUGGAAGAGGAGGUGUUGUUACCUGACAUCACUGGUGGGAGCUGCACACCAGCGAGAGAAUCCCAGAAUAAGUCGAAGAGCGUGGAAGACAAACGGAAAACAAGCCCUUAUUUCAGCAGGAAAAGCCCCAGAGAUGGCCUCAGCCCACCCAGGAGGAAGGCCUUCAAGAAGUGGACUCCACCUCGCUCUCCCUUCAACCUUGUACAGGAAACACUUUUCCACGACCCCUGGAAGCUCCUGGUGGCCACCAUUUUUCUGAAUAAGACAAGUGGUAAAAUGGCCAUACCAGUACUGUGGCAGUUCUUCGAGCGUUACCCCUCUGCAGAGGUGACCCGGGAGGCCGACUGGAAGCCCAUGUCUGAGCUCAUGAAGCCCCUGGGUCUGUAUGAGCUCAGGGCCAAAACACUCAUCCGCCUCUCAGAUGAAUAUCUGACUAAACAGUGGCGUUACCCCAUUGAGCUGCAUGGGAUUGGGAAGUAUGGCAACGACUCCUACAGGAUCUUCUGUGUGGGAGAAUGGAGACAGGUGACACCUGAAGAUCACAUGUUGAAUAAAUACCACGCCUGGCUGUGGGAGAACCAUGAGACACUCGGAAUCUGAAACGCAAAGUUUGAGGAACUGCGAGGAAGAUUUGUCGUUAGAUUCACUGCAGUUGUCUAACAAUAAUAGUAUCACGAUGAACUUGCAAAGUUAAACUUUAGUUGCUUUGAAAUUGUGCAGGGACCUUCUGAAGAUAUCAGUGUUCUUCAAAAACUUUUACUCGUUGUGUAAUAAAAUGUAUUAAAAGUUG